CCGAGGGAGAGGAGCGAGCCGCCAUUUUCUUAGCUCGUCGCUUCCCCCUCGAACGACAACAAUACAAAAAAAAAAAAAAAAAAAAAAACGGAUGAAACUGGGGUUUUCUCCGUCGAAAUUGAGCUCGAAAGGUCUUUCGGAGCCGUAGAAGAGAGAUUUCGUUCAAAGAACGACCGAAAAGGGAUACAUUUCAGCCGGUUUUUGUGACUUUUUUUCGGGGGCGAUUGAAAAACAGCCGACUGGACUCCUGUAGCUCGACUGCCCCCGUUUCUUUCGCCCAUUUCGUGAUUCCUAAACACAGCCCGGAGGAGUGGGAGGAGAAGACGGAAGAGGAGCGGGGUUAUCGAACACCGGAGCGCGCGAGAGGCCGGGGAUUUUUCCACCUGAACGUGCAACAGCGGAAUCUGCAUCUGGAUAAUUGCUUUUGCCUUUUUAAAUAUUAUUACUAUAAUUCUUAGGCGUGGGGAUUUAUUACAUAAUUUCCCCCCGGAAUCGGAUCCUCAUCACGUGGCUGUCCCUUGGCACAGUGGUAGGUGGGUGGUGUGGAGCUGGCCUCAGCACCGGGAGAGGCCCCCUCGCCCGCCCCCUCCCAGCGCUGCAUGGCUGCAAUGGCGCCCGCUCUGACCGACGCGCCUGCCGAAGCACACCGCAUACGCUUCAAACUGGCUCCGCCUUCCUCCACCCUCUCCCCGACAGGCGUGGAGGGAAGCGGUACCAGCAACCACAUCCUUGUGUCCAGUAACGGCGCUGUCAAGCGCAAGGCCUCGGAGGAGCGCCCCGCCCAUGGGGCUGGCCCUUGCAAGCCCCUUGUUACCUCAUAUCACUGUUCAGAUAUGACCUCAGUAUCCGCUGCAAAAGAGUCCCUCAAGCUGCAAGGUGUUCUUCUGCAGACACACGGCAUCCUGCCUAGCCUCAUACCGUGCCAGGCUUUGGAGCUCUCUGAGGAGCAGUUAAAGAACAUCAUGAGUGCUGGAGGAGGUGGUAGCCCAUGUGGGUCACCCUCUGUACAAGGCACAACAGUUAAUGGCAUUGCAAAGAAAGUGGCUAAACCAGGGGUUGACCGAGAAAAUACAGUGACCUUGAAUGGUGGCCAACAUACCACUGAGCAGCAUUUGUCAAACCAGUCUCAAGUUGUCAAUUCUAGUGACGGAUUGACCAGAAAUGGUCCUCUUAGAGACUGUGUGGAGCAGCACAAACAGUCAACAGGUGCUUCCCAGAACUGUCCCAGUAACGGAAUGUCUCCUACAACUUCUCCACCCUCCGUUACACCUUUCAACAUAACGGAGGACAAAAUCACGGACUGUCCGCCGCUAGAUACGUUGACUCUCUCACUUGCUACCCAGCAAGAUUCCUUAGGUGGCCUCGGAACGGAGGUACAUGACCGGACCCAGCACAGCCAGAGCAGACAGGGGGAGAUUGAGGCACGACUAAGGCGACUGCGCAAACGGCUGCAGGUGGUGCAGGCCAAACAAGUGGAGCGUCAUGUGCAGCAGCAAUUGGGUGGACUACUUGAGAGCACCAUGGGUGCUCUGGAAGCCAGGCGGCCACGGAGGCAUCAUGGUGAUGACACACUUACCCUUCUUGAGAGGGAUGGACUGGAACGCUUCCUCAAGGGCGGCUCCAUGCCGGCCGAAUUGGAGCGGCUGUCAUUGAGUUGCACCACCAACCUGCGAUCUGCUGAAAGCGCCUUUGAUUCCGAUGCAACGGAAAGCAGCUCUGGAGGAGAAACCGAUGUGGAGGAAGAUGAACUGGCUCGGGUCGACAUUGAGCAGCACCACAUUCCUCUAAAGUCGUACGGGUUUAGAACAACACGACAAUGGAGGAGAGCAGAAGGUCGUUACGCCGUGGACAGAGCUGCCAUCAUCAGUCACUGGAACUGGCUUCAGGCCCAAGUCUCCGACCUGGAGUACCGCAUACGGCAACAGACAGACAUCUACAGACAGAUACGCUCCAGCAAGGGCUCUGUUGUACUAGGGGAGAGCUUAGUGUGUGAGUCAGUACCAGAGGACAGCAGUAGCUCAAGGACAGAGACCUUUACCUGCCCUGUCCCAUGGGAUCAUGAUACUGUUGGGGUGGAAGGGUCUGUAUCGUCGCAUGGCAUCGCCACAGAAACAGGCUUGAGGAAAAGCUGUGCACCUGUCAGACAGGUCAAUGGGGUCAUCAACAGCCUGCGGCCUGGUUCACCUGAUAGCUUGGACCCAGCUGAACAGCUUCGCUUUGAAUCUCAGCAGAAGCAGGAGCUGGGCUCUCUGACUUCCCCUGUGCAUGACAGCACGUGUGUGGCAGCCCGUACUCGUCCACUCCUGUCCUGCAGGAAGAGACGUGUCCUCCGGCCCGGUUCGCUCACCAGCCUCAAUCGUAAGGCUCAGCGGUUAGUGGCUCCUCGCUGUGGCUGUGAGCUGAAUGCUCAGUGUGUGAUGUGCAGUGGUCGUGCUCUCCCUCCUGCAGACACCCAGUAUCAGCUCCCCCUGUUGGACAGACUGGCACAAUUCGACCCUAGCAUUCACCCCAUUCUCUCCUUUACAGAUGAUGUGAUGACGAAUCUCCAUAUGCAGCGUGUGCUCAAGGGACACUGGCAGAAUCGUCCUCUGGAGAAGAUCAAACCCAUCAAGAAGAUUGCGCUCAAGCACAAGCUGUGUAUGGGAAGCCGUAUCUCUGACCCUUCCUCCAAAGGCAAACACAAGCUCGCCAACUCUCUCCUCUCCACAGUCCGUUUUUCUCAUCAUAAGAUGCGCUCAGAGAAGGUGUCCAGGCCGCAGUUAGACGUCCCAAUGAGUGCCAGUAAACUCAACUCACGCCAGCAUUUCCGUCAGAGCAGUUUUUAUGACAGGAGCCACAGCCGCAAGAGACCUCGCGAACCCUCUCUGGAUCGCACCGAGAAUGCUCCAAAGUUAUAUAUGGAGAUGGGAAGUCCCUGUCCAUCUCUGUCCGCUCUGAAUACACCCACCCACAGCCCGCUGAUGAGACAGCUGUCGAUCUCCGAGAGCUCCACGCCCCUCCACCUCAACAGCAGUGCUUCAACUAUUCGUCGUCGGAGAGGAGAGAGCCCCUUUGACAUCAAUAACAUAGUCAUCCCCAUGUCAGUGGCCGCCACCACCCGAGUGGAGAAACUACAGUAUAAAGAGAUCCUUACCCCGAGUUGGAGAGAAGUGGACGUUUUUGCAAAACCAAUUUCGGAAGAGGAUGAUGUAGUUGAGGUUGAGGAUCUCUCUGAUGUCACGUUCUCUCAGCUUCACCUUCCGUGUGAGGAGCAGGAGCGUUCUCGCUGGAGUUGGACUGCCAGUGCCAUCGCAAAGAGAAGGGGCAGCAGAUCAUACAAGUCUGUGGAUGGCCGGACAACCCCAUUACUGGGUGGCACCAACCCCUCAACGCCGCAGCCCUCGUCCCCGGAUACGGCACAUUUCCACCUUCUGCAGGAAUACAACUCAGUAACGUCUCCCUCCAGCCCUGUCAGCCCAGAGAUGCUGAUGCUGUCCGGCCUGCACACACCCGGCUCCAGAGAUUCCCACCGCCUGCUGUCCAACGAAGACACGCGCUGCUCCACCCCAGAUACUUAUGAGGAGAUGCCGGUGCAGCCAUGGGAACGCCGGACCUUUCCGCUGGAUGCGGACCCACUGCAGGAGUCCAAAACCCAUUCCAGCCCGGCUAGCGACAGGUCCUAUCGGACCAUGCGGCGCAUCUCCAGCUGCAGGUCGUCAAAGUCCGAGUCUGACGCCGGUCCUUCGUCACCUUUAGCCGAUGACAGCGGCAAGCAGAAACAUACCAACCCACCCAGACUAACUCACCAAUAAAGCCUAGACUGGUCUGCCCAUCCACCCACCCCCCCAUCAGUAUUCAGAAACUUCUGAAACAGCAGCAACAUAGAAGGAAGAAAACCAACAAAAUGAAUGAAAGUCCCUGUUGUUUGAUAUUCAAACAUCAGUAAAUUCUUUCACGGUUUUUAGUGAAUUGUAUGGAGAUAUAUGUAGAGACCUUUUUUUUUUAUCAUUCUUUCUUUUGGGUCACUGGAAAAUAAAAAUGUUUAGAAAAAAGAGACCGAUUAGCUUGAAGGCUAAACCAAAAUAAGAAGCUCAGAAUUGCAUCAUAAAUCGCAGAAGAGCACUUUCGCCUUAGCAUGCUAUCGUACUGAGGGGCUCAGCUUGCAUUGUGUGGUACCCUUCCAGAUUUCUCCAAUAUCCUAAAAUGACUUGUGUUCAGCCUUGCAGUUUAUAAUGGAGUGAUUAAACAGAAAAAAGAAGCUAAUAAUAAUGAUUAUUAAAAAAUAACUUGCACGGAGAAGGUGAUGUCUUUAUUCGCUCUGUGUGAAAGCACUUUUUUUUUUUAACACUAUACAUUCCCUCAUUACUUUGAACUAAAUUCCACAAAUUGAAUGUCUGGGAAUAGUAUAAUUCCCAGUCAUUGGUUUCUUUUUUCCCCCAUUAGUUGGUUGCUUGUAAAGUUUGUGUCCUCCUUGUAUACAGAGGUCUGUGUGUGCCCCAUUUCUGUCAGAGAGAGUGACAGAGAGAGCAGGUGCUUUCAACACCGCUGUUAAAUGAAACCUCUUAUAAGCACUUUUAAACACCACAGUUUGAUUAGAGCACUUAAAUGGUCUUUUGCACCGCUCUAUUGCCAGUAAGCCUACAAUCAGUGAACAUAUAUAUAUAUAUAUGUGUGUGUGCAGACCGUUAACAAGGGAGACUCUUGAACCAUAGCACUCACUGCAACUGUGUACCAAUAAACUCUGUUACCAAUAAAAUGUCCCUCAUAUGGGCUUGUGCUCGUGAUUUUUGAAGCACUUGAAGUCCUGUUAGAAACGUCAAUCUUAAAGUAUUAUAAGAACUAUGCAUGAUCAAGUUGCUAAUUAUAUUGCUGCAGUCACUUGUGUAUAAAUUGGUCACUCCAGCAUAAACUGAAAGUUAGCUGCCACAUGUCUUGUUUCCCUGUCAGCCCUGUUACCAGUAUCCAUGUCAACCUUGUUGCAUUUUCCUGUGCCAACCAUAUAAUCUCCCACGUUUCCUUGUCAACCCUGUUACCUGUUUCUAUGUCUGCCCUGUUAUCUGUCACUUUGCCCUUUUUCUUUUUGUUUGCUUUUUCCAACCCCCUAUAAAAGAGCUCUUCCAUUGAUUGGUAAGGUCUAAACACCCUGUGUCUUGGUUGAUAAAAUGCAUUCUGCAUUACACAAAACCAUCGCCAAACCAACUUGACAAGUAAUACUGCUAGCUAAGUGCUUGACAUUUAGACAGGAAAGGACUUGGCAAAGUUUUAUUCUUUGGCUCCUUAUCAGUUGCUGUCAGUCACAGUCCUGUUUUUCCAUUGUGUAAUGACAAAGAACAGUUUCUGUGAGUCAUUGCUUGCAACUCCUUCCUGUUAUUUUAACUAAUAAGAAUGUACUUAUAGCAGACACCUUACAAUUUUUAAAGUAGCUUUUCUGUAUCUCUGUCGUCACACAAUUCUAGCGUGUAGCCGUUUGUUCUUGUUUAAAGGAUGUCAUGUAAACCAGAAAAUCCUUAUUAUAUUCCUUUUAUCUCACUGGAGCAUAACAAAAUUCAUUGCAUAAAAAAAUUGCAUAUUUCAAGGCUGUGUGGCAAAUCAUAAAGGGGACCAUCCCCAACUGUCCCGUUUCCUGCUGAGAAACCCGCCGCCCUGUUCAUUCUUAAUAUCAUUAAUUAUGGUUUUAUGUCUCUCUCUGUGGGGGUCUGUGUUCGUACAGUAUCAGGCAGUGUACCAUAAGGUUUGACUAGCUUUCAAAAGCCAAUUGUAUUGUGUGAGUUAUUUUCAUACUUUGAAUUUCCAAUGUGGUGAAUGAGGGUUGGGUGAGUCUGGUAAUAUCCUUUAGCAUGUAAUAGUUUGUACAAAACAAAACAAAAAAAAAAAAGUAUAUUUUGUACAUACCUUGUUUGAUUCUUUACUGUGUUUGAUGUUCAGGCUGUAGCUGUCCUGAUUGUCUAGGGAGAAGACACAAAUAUUUAACACUUUCUUUAUGCAGAAGCAAAAAGGAAAGGGGGAAAAAAAAAAAAGUAUGGAUAAUUGGCCAAUCUGACAGACAGGCAACGUUUGUGCUUCUCAAAUUAAAAGUGAAUUAUAUUGUA